AUGUAUCGAUUAAAAGGCGACAUGUGCUCGCCGAGGUACUGCGUAUAUCUCUUAGUGGCGUUGCAUUCCACUCUCUCAAAAGCUGGUCCAGUGGGUCCUUUGCCAAAUAUUACGAGUUUGGAUUUGGGACUUAAAGAAGGCAGCUGCGCUUUGGGUGACGUGGUGUAUAUGUCGGGCGACGAAUUUCCUGGGGCGAACGCGUGUGAGCGCUGCGCGUGCGCAGGGGGAGAGGUACGAUGCGAAAAACAACAGUGUGAGCCCCGACCUGGCUGUAAGGCAGUGCAUCGGCCUGACCACUGCUGCCCGACGUAUCAGUGUGAAUGUGAGCAAGAAGGGCGUGUCUACGGGAACGGGGAGAAACUGGUGGACCCUCAAGAUCCGUGCCGCGUUUGCUACUGCCAAGGGGGCGAAGUCGUCUGUCGCCGCAUCGCGUGCUUCGUCCGCGACGAUUGCCAACCUCGCCUCGUGCCCGGCCGUUGUUGUCCCGAAUACGACAACUGUCCGCUCAGAGGGGUUACAUCAGUGCACGGGGCAACAGCGACCAGCGCGCCCUCAUCUAAAGUCAAUACGAGUGCAGCGGCCUCGCCUCCUGUUCUUGUGAAGCCAGGAUUCACGAUAAAGGAGAUUACGCCUGUCUCUGAAAUACCAGUUAUCACUGACGUUAAAGUGAAAGAAAUUUUGCCUUCGCCAAAUGUAGACGAAGCUGAAUAUUCCUCAUCCAAAUCUCCAUUAAUACCCCGGGAAGUAACUUCGGAAAAUCCUUUGAGCGGCGAUGCUAAUGCGAAAUUAGAUUCUACCUCUAGUGUCGACAAGUCUGAUAUAAAGACGUCGAUAGAGGAAAAUCCAAACGUGAAAGAUGGUACUGAUUCAUCGCCCUCAAAAAUAAGUUUUUCCACACAAGAUUCAAUAAACAGUGACAUAUAUCCCUCAAAUAUCCCUAAUUUAAUAAUGAUGGGAUCUCCAUCGGAGCCGAUUGGACUGAGUCCUCUUACAUCUAAAAUUCCAGGCAUCGAAGAAGAAGAUCCUACAUUGUUUGACCAUAAUCCAGCGUUCCCUCCGAUACCAGACGAUCUUUCUGUACUGGGUAAUCACGAAGACGAAAUUCUACCAGAACAACAUUUCGAUAAUGAACAUGUACCUGGAAUAAGCAACGCUGAUGUAACGAAUGAACAAAUUGCAACAGAGUCCCCAGUAGCCAAAGCAUCUCCUACAACAGUACUCUUUAUGUCAAGCGAUAUAUCCGUGACGACUGAGAAUCUUUUGGACCCAGAGAUUUCUACACGAAGAACAAAUAAAAUUGAAGCUUCCACUCCGCUUACUUUUACAACCAAAGAUAAUACUAUGAUAAAUCUAAGAUCUGCAAUUCCUACUGAGAUUCUCAAUAUUCCUUCAUUUAUUUCUGAUGACACAACGGUUGACGAUAUGGAUACUACAACUGAAGUUCCGAAUCAAGAAAUAACCUCCAUGGCACAUGAUGAAAUUCCUAAAGAAGAAAAUGUUACUUUACAAAAUAAAUAUAACGAAACUAAUCUAAGUGAUCCGAUUCCACAAACUACUGAAAACAUCGUUACUCAAAAAGUUUCUGAAAUUUCUAGUACGGAAAUAUUUUCGGAGAACCAGCCGAGUUCUAUACUUAUCGAAACAAGUGAUCAAAACCCGCACGACGUUUCUGAAAAAGGAUUAGAAAGCACACUAGCUUCAUCGACAACUUCUGCUUUAACUUCGGAAUUAUUAGUAUCUGAUUCGAUAAUAUUGUCUAGAAUGGACCCUAGCAAAGACACGUCAUUUGAAAAUAUGGAAACCACAGAGUUUAUACCUUUUGGUUCCCAGGAGAGUGCAACUGAUGCAGUAGAACUAAUAAAAAUUUCUCCAGACAAUGAAAGGAGCUCUGCGCUUAUAGAACCUCCUCGAGGUAAGAAAAAUAACGUUCUAACUGAUUUAAUUAACUUGGUAGGAGAUGUGGCAUCUAUAAGUGACCAUACAGAUGCCCCUCAAUAUGGAACCGGAAGUUCUACGACAAUUUCAGAUUCGGAGGAACUUAUUCCAGUAAAUGUUGGUUAUAAAAGUAAGAAUAACAAUCGGAACCUAAAUUCUAUAACCGAGAUUCCGUUAAAAAAUAAGAACCAGUCUUCAAGUAAGCAAAAAAAUGUAGAGAUUGAGGAUGACGACGAAGUAGAAGGAAUUACUGAUUUCCCUCCACCAAACGAUAAAGUUGAACCGACAACCAAACGACCUAUUAUUGAUAACGUAUCUGAUUCCAAUCAGGAACGCAACAAUGGAACGGUUGAAAAAAAAGAUAUUGAAAUAAUUAAGAAAUCGUAUGUGCCAACUAUAAAUCGACAUCCGACAAAAGUCGUAAUGGAAAAUCCGGUUAAGGAAGUUACGUCAUCAGAAGAAGAAGCGAUCUUGGAAUCAAAAGAUACAGCUUCAACUCCUUCUAACGACGUAACGACAGAGCAAGAGAUUUUUAAUACAAGUUCUACUGAAGUAGAUGCCGGUCUGUUUGGGAGAUCUUUAAAAAUGAAAUCCUUAGCACUGUGUCUUCUACUGGUGGCGGCAGUGUGCGCUCUGCCUAAGCCACAGAGGGAAGGUGCCGCAUACACCAAGGAAGCUAUCAAACAAGCCCAAAGCACUUACCUAAUCCCUAAGGAUGCUGUAAUACAAAAGGUCGAAGAAGGCAUCGAGUUAGCGGCAUACGAAUCUAUUCCCGGAAAUCAGAAAAUAAAUCUCUUCGAGAUUCUCGGUGACCAGCUUCCCUCGGAAGUUAUCAAUAACCUGCAGAACCAGGUCAACCACGUGGGCCAGUAA